AUGAGCGAAACUAUUAGAUUUAUCACACAAAAGCUGAAUGCUGAGCCAUUUAAUAAGUCUUUCAACCUAAUCAGCUUUGAUUCUAUUGAAUCCAUUCAGUUGUUGCAAUUGGUGAAUGACAGGAGUCGGCAGAUCAAACGGCUUACAUUCCGCAAAGGCCUCGUUACAGGCGAUAAGCUUGUGCUUUAUCCUAUUCUCGAGUGGCUACUUCAAAGAAUUCCGGAACUCAAAAAGCGUGCUUAUCUUGCAAAGUUUCUUGUCAAGAUCCAAGUUCCUGACAUGUUCAUGCAAGACGACGAGAUUUCUGCUUUAUACCAACAAUAUGAAAGCCUAAUGGAUACUUUCAAAGAGGCGCACAAAAAGGUCGAAUCUUUGAAAACAGGUGGUCUUUCUACUGCUGAAGUAAAAAGAGAUAUAGUGGCAAUGCAAGAUGAGAAAGACCAGCUUCAUAAGAGAGUCGAUCGGAUGAAGAAAAAGGUGAGCUUAUUUUAA